UUUCUCACACAGUCACAAAACUCCACGGCUUCUCCUCCCUCCAAGCUCCAAAGUCUCUUAUAUACUGUCUUGUCUCUUCAGUCCUCACCUAUAAUGUUGUCUCUCACCUAAUAUAUAAACCUCAUUAAUCCAACCCUAAAUCUCUCAGCUUGAGGUGCCCUUUCUCGGCGAACUACAAGCUUUCCUUCUCCUCUGCCUUUCUUCUUCUUCUUCCUUCUCCAUCUCUUCCACCAACCCACCUACCCUUCUCUAUAUUUCUUUCAUCUCAUUCUCUUCCUCCUUUCAGAAAAAGAAAACACAUUACUUUGUACAUUCCAUUCGUGAUUCAAAAUCCAAAUCCCCUGCCGGUGAAUAUGCAGGCAAUCUCACCAUCUCCCACCACAUCUCUCAAAUCUCUCUUCUCAGACCACCACAAGCCCUUGAGCAGGUCACCAAAACCAUUUAAUCCCCACAAUUGGACCCCAACUAGCCUCAUCAUUCAUUGCGUCUCGCGACCUGACUCCUCCAACUUGGCCGGCAGCACAGGUUCAGGUUCAGGUUCAGGUUCAGGUUCAGGUUCAAACUCAGGCUCAGGCUCAGGCUCAAAUUGCCGCGCUGACUGGCAGAGCUCAUGCGCAAUCCUCGCCAGCAAAGUCGUCUCUCAGCAGCGAAACACUGAGACCACUGGCAGCACCGAAAUCACCGCCGUUAAUGGCCACGAUACUCUAGAUCUGGUCGCUCUCGGCAAACUUCCCAAGCCCUUGACCAUCGCAGAUCUCUCCCCUGCCCCUAUGCACGGCUCCCAGCUUCGUGUAGCUUACCAAGGCGUCCCCGGCGCGUACAGUGAAGCCGCCGCCGGUAAAGCCUACCCGAACUGUGAAGCCAUCCCCUGCGACCAAUUCGAAGUGGCUUUCCAAGCAGUUGAACUCUGGAUCGCAGACAGAGCUGUUCUUCCUAUAGAAAACUCUCUCGGUGGUAGUAUCCACCGGAACUACGACCUCCUCCUCCGCCACCGCCUCCACAUCGUCGGAGAAGUUCAGCUUCCCGUCCACCACUGCCUCUUGGCGAUGCCCGGAGUCAGAAAAGAGUACCUGACACGUGUCAUCAGCCACCCACAAGCUUUAGCCCAGUGUGAGCUCACCCUUACCAAGAUGGGCUUGAACGUCGCUCGUGAAGCCGUCGACGACACCGCAGGAGCCGCAGAAUACGUAGCUGCUAACGACUUGCGAGAUACCGCAGCGAUCGCCAGUGCCCGUGCGGCGGAGCUGUACGGUCUGCAGAUUCUAGCUGAUGGGAUUCAAGAUGACUCGGGGAACGUGACCCGGUUCGUUAUGUUGGCUCGUGAACCAAUCAUUCCCCGGACGGACCGGCCAUUUAAGACCAGUAUCGUUUUCGCUCAUGAUAAGGGAACGUCGGUGUUGUUUAAGGUGUUAUCGGCGUUUGCUUUUAGGAACCUCAGCUUGACGAAGAUCGAGAGUCGGCCGCAUAGGAACCGUCCGAUUAGGUUGGUGGAUGAUGCGAAUGAUGGGACCGCGAAGCACUUUGAGUAUUUGUUUUAUGUUGACUUUGAAGCGUCGAUGGCUGAUGUGAGGGCCCAGCAUGCGUUGGCUGAAGUACAGGAAUUUACGUCCUUUCUUAGGGUGUUGGGGAGUUAUCCAAUGGAUAUGACUCCUUGGUGCCCUUCUCGUGCAGAUUCCCUUUGAUUGGUUGAUUAUCAUCAUCAUCUUUCUCUAUUUGUAAUGUCUAUUUCAUCCUAAAGAAAACAAUCUAAAUCCUAGUAAGAAGGAUUGGAUUUGGGAGAUUUUUUUUUUUAAUUAGUGGGGUUAAUGGAGAAAUGUUGUUGUUCUUAUAUAUAAAUAUGUGUCACAUGAAAGAUGUAAAUAUUGUUACAUCUCAAAGAGCUAAAACUAACAAAAACAUUUCUCUUCUAAUCCGUUGUGCAUGUGUCUUGUUUGUUGUAUUGUAUAUUUCUGAUUUUGUCUGAAAAAAAAAUAUAUUUGGGAUUUUUGUGUGGA